GAGGGCGGGGAGACGCGGCGGCGGCGGCGGCGGCGGCCGCGGUCGCGGCGGGGCGAGCGCUAUUCCAGAAGCGGCAUCGCGACGGAGGCAGCGGCGGCGGCUACACCGGUCUGGGCCCCCUCCCUCCUCCGUUCCCCCUCCUCCCCCUUCCCCUCAGCCGUGGUUCCUGAGAAGUCCAAGACUCGGGGUGAGGCGGCGACGGGCUCCAGUAGAGACGGAAUUUCACCAUGUUGUCCAAGCUGGUCUCAAACUCCUGACCUCAGGUGAUUCACCCACUUUUGGCCUCCCAAAGUGCUGGGAUUACAGCUAUGAGCAACGGCUUGGCCGUGUGAUCUGCUUUUUAAAAAGGAUCAACUCACUCUCCUGAAAGUCAUUCUCCCAAGAAGGAGGUACAGAAAGACAGAGCUGUUUGUAAGAAAGGCUUGGGUAUCCCAUGAACGAGCCAACAGAAAACCGAUUGGGGUGCAGCAGGACUCCAGAGCCAGAUAUAAGGCUCAGAAAAGGGCACCAACUUGAUGGUACAAGGAGAGGUGAUAAUGACAGCCACCAAGGAUAUUUGGAGCCCAUGUUAGAGGCAUCUGUUGUAUCUUCCCAUGAUAAAAAAAGCUCUGAGGAACACGAGUGCAGUGAUGAAGCUCCUCAGGAAGAUGAGGGGUUUAUGGGCAUGUCCCCUCUCUUACAAGCCCAUCAUGCUAUGGAAAAAAUGGAAGAAUUUGUUUGUAAGGUAUGGGAAGGUCGGUGGCGAGUGAUCCCUCAUGAUGUACUACCAGACUGGCUCAAGGAUAACGACUUUCUUUUACAUGGACACCGACCUCCUAUGCCUUCUUUCCGGGCCUGUUUUAAGAGCAUUUUCAGAAUACACACAGAAACCGGCAACAUCUGGACACAUCUCUUAGGUUGUGUAUUCUUCUUGUGCCUGGGGAUCUUUUAUAUGUUUCGCCCAAAUAUCUCCUUUGUGGCCCCUCUGCAAGAGAAGGUGGUCUUUGGAUUAUUUUUCUUAGGAGCCAUUCUCUGCCUUUCUUUUUCAUGGCUCUUCCACACAGUCUACUGCCACUCAGAGGGGGUCUCCCGGAUCUUCUCUAAACUGGAUUACUCUGGUAUUGCUCUUUUGAUUAUGGGAAGUUUUGUUCCUUGGCUUUAUUAUUCUUUCUACUGUAAUCCACAACCUUGCUUCAUCUACUUGAUUGUCAUCUGUGUGCUGGGCAUUGCAGCCAUUAUAGUCUCCCAGUGGGACAUGUUUGCUACCCCUCAGUAUCGGGGAGUAAGAGCAGGAGUGUUUCUGGGCCUAGGCCUGAGUGGAAUCAUUCCUACCUUGCACUAUGUCAUCUCCGAGGGGUUCCUCAAGGCUGCUACCAUAGGGCAGAUAGGCUGGUUGAUGCUGAUGGCCAGCCUCUACAUCACAGGAGCUGCCCUGUAUGCUGCCCGGAUCCCUGAACGCUUCUUUCCUGGCAAAUGUGACAUCUGGUUUCACUCUCAUCAGCUGUUUCAUAUCUUUGUGGUUGCUGGAGCUUUUGUUCACUUCCAUGGUGUCUCAAACCUCCAGGAGUUUCGUUUCAUGAUCGGUGGGGGCUGCAGUGAAGAGGAUGCACUGUGAUACCUACCAGUAGCCAGGGACUGUGACCCUAAACCAGGUUCUGCAGCACUUGCAGGCCUCUCUGCUGGCUACUGAUGCCAGUAUCAGAGGAGCCCCAAAACUCUGACACCCUCGUGGGCUUUGUGACGGCCCAGGGGCUCUGUGUGGUACAUGACUGAGAAGAGAAAAACAAAAAUAAAUCAUACCUCAAAGGACAGAGUGCAUCAGUUGGGAGAACAGGAGACACAGCCCAAACCCUGGCUUAUUCUUGGGAUCUACCAAUUGUGGGCUCUGGAAGACCCUUGGCAAACUGGCUUCUGAUCCAUAUCGUAUUUAUUUGUAGAAGAUGGCGAAACAGUUUAGCUGGUGGUUCUUUCUUCUCCCUUUCUCUUUCCGUAUAAAAUAAUACAAACCAAUUUAGGUGAACAUUUAUAUCCAAUAAGGGGUGGGAGUGUGAUUUUAAAUUCUCUUUUGGGAGAACAAAGAAAUUAAUGUAAAUAAGAUUUCUAACUUACUGUUUAAAUAAGACUUUAUAUAAAUGUUUAAAACAUAAGGGUAAGGGAGGGAGGGAGAAUUUUUGUAUAGAAUGAAACAUGCAGGUACCACACACUGUUGAAUUUUGCACAAAAGUGACUGUAGGGGGAUCAAGUGAUAGCCCCAGAAUGUACAGUGUCUUGGUGCACCAAGGUGCCUUCUAAAGGCUGACAUACCUUGGACCCUAGUGAGGCAGAGUAUAGCCCUAGCCCAGUGAUCACAUGACCACUGUUAAGCCUGAGAACCUUUGGAGGGCCUGGGGUAGAAGGGAGUGGUAUGUGUUUUCUCGGUGGAGGCAGCACAUGAAUGGCUGCCAAGAUGUGCUAGAUAACAGCUCUAGUUAGGGUGUCAUUGUCAUUUGAGAGACUGACUUGUAGAGCUUUGCACUCUAACCAGCUGGUAAAGGGGUGCUGGAGACCAAGGAAGAGCUCCAGAAACAUUAGCAUGGCUGAUCCGAUUACUUCCUGGCAUCCUGCUCACUUUUAUGGUUAGUCUUACUAGAGGGAUGUGACCGUUUUCCAUAUCCUUGCUGUGGAGCUCUGGAACACUCUCUGAAUUCCCUCUAUUAAAAAUCACUGCCCUAACUACUCUUCCUCCUCGAGGGAAUAGAAAUACUUUAUACUUCUUGGCAUGGAGCCAGCCACAAAUGAGAUUCUGACGUGUCCAGGUUUCUCCUGAGCUCAUCUACAUAGAUUGGGAGACCCUCCUUUGGAUUUAGGAAAGAGGAGUUUUACCUCUGGUACACUGUCUUGGUAAGCCUGGAUAUGACAGACAUCUUGGCUCUCCUUGAACAAGAAAGCCAGCAGAACUCUUUUAAAGCCAGGUGCAGUACCCAUCGGAGUUGUCAGCACUCACUGACCCCCACUUUGCAGGGAUAGUGUGGUAUGGCAUUUUGAAGACAAUGGUAUGUUACUGCCAGGGGGUAAGGUAAGCCGAUGGCUUAUGUCCCAGACCUACCUGAUACGGUGUCAGAGAAAGUGGUGGGGUAAGGAUCUGGUUCAUGGAAUUCUGAUCUUAGCCCAUAGGUGAACCCCCAAAAUAGCACUUGAGUCUUAGGUUGCUGUCAUUAAAGACUUGGGAUGACUCCAUUAUAUCCUAGGAUUGUGGAUAUUAGAACUAAAUGGUGAGGCCCUGAGCAUGAGGACUGGCAUCUUCAAUAGGUGUUUGGGAAUAUGUGAAGGGUCUCCUAUUUACUCAAUAGAGUUUUCUCAGUUAUUUUCCUCCCUUCCCCUUCCAAUCUCCAGCAAAAGCUGGGAUCCAGGAAGGAAGAAUCUAGUGUAGAAGUUGAGAAGAACUUGAGUAUUUUGGUUCUGGAGAGGGUCACUGCCCUGGGUGCUAGGUGGACCAAGUAAAAGACUCAGUGGAUGAACUGGUGCAGUGCCUGACAGAAUAAAAAACAGUGUUAAUCCCUUUGAGAAACCAUAGUCCAAUAGGACAGUGGCCAUCUGGACAGAAGCCCACUUAGUUUCAUGGGAGCAACAGCACAUAUCAGAAGCCAGACUUGCUCUUCGGUCAUGCACUUUGGGAUACAGGGUAUAGAUGCAGCCCUGUCACAACACCAACAGAAGUAGCAGCCUCUGGGCACAGUCACCCACACCCCAAAGCUGGAAGAAUCUGGUUCAACAUAGCACAAACCUUUCGGAAAAAUGAAAUCAACAUCACUGAUGUGUAAUCCAGUAAGAUCUCCCUCUUUUGGGUGUGUAUGUGGGCAUGUUUGUGCCCAUUUCUAUGUGUGCGUCUACGUGCAACUCACUACCAACAGCCUCAUGUGCACUUGUCCUGACAGUGCUCGCUGAGAACUCUCACCAGGUUGGCGCCUGAAUGCCUUACUCUCAGCAGUCAGAGGCUUGCUUGCUCUGUGCAGAUUUUUAAUUUUCUUUUUUGGCCCUAGGCUGGUUGGGACCUCUACAGCUUCAUUCUUUCACCAUUGAAUAGUGGCCUUUUUCAGUAUUUUCCCUCUUCCCCUUUAUAAAUUGCUAAAGUCACAAAGCACAUUUUUGGGGAUCAUAGAAGGCUGGGGUUCCAGAAGGGGAUCUGUGUGAUGGUUCCAUUGAUGUGGGAUUUCCCUACUUGCUGUAUUCUCAAUUUCUAAUAAAAAGAACCAAAUGAAAUAUGAA